AUGGAUAAUAAAACAACACCAGAUGAUAAGAAUGUUUCAUCUGAAUACUCCAAUGAUUUUAAACAUAUAAUGAAAUCAUCAUUAAAUGUUGAAAAUCAAAAAACAGAAAAUAUUUCACCUUUCAAAUCGAUCGAUACGACAGUAUCAUCAGAUAGCAUAAAUAGUGAGGCAAGCAAUGGUACCAACACUUCAACCACCACCACUACUUCGACGACUGACAGUGCCAACAAUCUGGCGGCAAUCAUCAACGACGACUUGAAUCGACGAUUGGUAGAAGAUGCAAGUUCCGUCAAUCACAUCGGUAACUCUAUCAAUCAUCUCUCUGUCAAUGACAAUACCAAUCAUCGUGAGAAUAGAGUAUCUCCACAGUCAUCGAUCGAUGAAGAGAUCACUCAGUUUAUGAAUCACAAUGGAAAUGGUAAUCAUCACCAUCACCAUCAUCAUAGUAAUCAUGACGAUGAUGAUGACUACCACCAUGAGAAUGGAGGUAGUGUCAAGACGGAAGAGUCUGACAUUGAGAGUGACGACGAGAAGACCACUCAGCCAUCGUUUUCAUCGCCGUGUGUAACCAAUGAGUCGAUGAACGACUACGAGGAUGCCAGUACCGACAGUAGUGAUCUCUCGGACAGUGACAACUACGACAACACCAAUGCUAUACCGAGAAAAGUAAUAAAUUCCAACAUGCCCAAGCGUUCGUCAAAGGAGAAGGAAAGAUUGCUCAAGCUCAAUGGUGGCGGUAACCACAGUGGUGGUAGCAGUGGAAGCAAUGCCAGUAAAUCAAAGAAGAAACACCUUUCCUUCAAGGACAAGUUGAAGGAGCGUGAGAAGGAGAAGGAGAAGGACAAGGAUCAUCAUAAAGGUGACGCUUCAACUACAGAGCAUUUCGCUCACGACAAGAAGCUGUCUAGUCUGCGCGCGGAAUGCGGACAAUCGCCACUGUUCUCACCGACUGAAUUUGUUAAAUCGUCGACCAACAAUAUUCAACCAACCGUUGGCACACAGAUACAUAAUCUCACGAGUAGUCUUAUGGGAUUCAGAAAUCUGGGCGCUUCCAACUUGCUCUCUGUACAGAAUCCUCAGGUGAUUCCGUCGUCCAACAAUCUACCGUCGAAUCCAAUGGUAUUCUCAAUUGCACCGCCCGUCGGAAACACUCUGCCCGACUCUGACUACCUCCAGAAGGUACAGACCGACGACGAUCAUUUCAUUGUGCCCUGUUGCAACUAUCCGAUUCUCGACACUGAAAAUCUAUUCACCGACAUUGUACUGCCACAGACCAAUCCUGGCAACUAUCUGUCGACGCCGUCCGGCGGCACACCACGUCUCGUUCCAUCGGCAUCAAACUCUGAUAUCGGACAGCCAACUUCGUAUCAUCUACAACCGCCAUCAUCAUCAUCGUCAGACUACACUAAAACCAAUGGAUUGGCAUCAAGCUCACACCUUCCCAAAUCACAACUAAAACCUACAAACAACAAUGAAGAAACAACAACUACCACCAAUAAUAACAAUGAGAAUGAUCUGACUGAAGAUUUACCAAUGGAUUUAAAGAUAUUGCAACUAAGUGGAUCACGCAUUUAUUUCAAUAGAGAGUUGACAGAGUUGAUUUAUUUCUAUAGAAUUCUUUAUGAAGGGUACAACCAAGCCGCACCAGUUUUAGAGAAAAUUAGAUUCUUGGCAAUCACCUCACAGAACUUAGAUAUGUAUUUCUGUAAAAGAGCAUUAAAAUUACGAUUAGGAUAUAUUUCAACUAGAAAAUCAUUGAAACCAGAGGAAAGAUAUAUAAACAUGGUUUUAAAUACCACUAGAAAUCUGAUAAAUGACAAAUACAAUUUAUUUAAUAAUAUAUUGUUACCAGAAUUGGCUGCCAACAAUGUAUUUUUAUUAAGUUAUAAAGAUUUACAAGAUUCUGAAAAAUUCCAGUUAAGAGCAUUCUUUUUACAACAUGUAUUCCCAUUGAUGACACCGUUGGUAGUUGAUGCCGGUCAUCCUUUCCCCAAUCUAAGUAAUCUAAGUUUGAAUGUCGGUGUCAUUCUGCAGCAUGACGAGGAAGGUCAUACGAGAUUCGUAAGAAUCAAGGUGCCUCUAAAGAUACCGAGAUUCGUUCAUAUCAAACAACGCUCCAACUACUCUUUGAUUCCAAUGGAAGAGAUCAUCCUUGCCAACCUCGAUACUUUGUUCCCCAAUACAAAGAUUCUCACUAAAUCAUUGUUCAGAGUGACUCGUCACUACGACCUAAAGUUGAACGAAGACGAAGCCAACGAUCUACUCGAGUUGAUCAAGACCGAGCUUCACAAACGUAAAUUCGCGCCAAUGGUUCGGUUGGAGGUGUCUUCGACAAUGCCAAAGAACAUCAUUGAAAUGCUCAGAAUUCAACUUCGUCUGGAUGAAGCCGAUGUCUAUAUUAUCAACGGUCCACUCGGUCUGGCCGAUCUGUUUGAACUGUGCAAGUUGAAUCUUCCACAUCUAAAAUUCGAGCCAUGGGUUCCACAUAUCCCCAACAGACUGGCGAAUCUCUCAAAGAUCCCCAGCCAAGAUAUUUUCAGUGUCAUCAGAAAAGGCGAGUUACUUAUCAAUCUACCGUAUGUCAGCUUCAACAGCAGUGUUCAGUUCUUUAUUGAAUCGGCUGUGAAAGAUCCCAAGGUGUUGGCGAUCAAGAUUGCCAUCUAUCGUACCAGCUCGAACUCUCAGUUGAUUCGUUCGCUCUGUGAAGCGGCUUCACACAAGGAGGUCAGUGUGUUGGUCGAUCUCAAGGCAUCGGGUGACGAAGAGCAGAAUACCAAGUAUGCCAGACUGCUUGAGCAAGCCGGUUGUCAUGUCAGCUACGGUCUGGUUGGACUGAAGACACACGCCAAGAUUGCAAUGGUCGUCAGAGAGGAGGAGAACGGACUGCGCAUGUACAAUCACUACUCCACUGGAAACUACAAUGCCAGUACCGCUGACAUCUAUGCAGACAUGGGAUUGUUUAGCUGUGACCAACAGCUUGGUGCCGACAUGUGUGAUCUCUUCAACUACCUAACUGGCUACAGCAGAAUCACCUCAUUCAGAAAACUACUGAUUGCGCCAAUGAACAUGAGAUCAACAUUGAUUCAACUCAUUGAAACAGAGGCACAGAAUGCCAGAGAAGGCAAAGAAGCAUCGAUCCUGGCAGUCAUGAACGGAUUGGAUGAUAAGAAGAUUGUGAAUGCACUCUAUCAUGCAUCCGUUGCCGGUGUAACCAUUAAAUUGGUUGUAAGAGGUAGAUGUCGAAUUUUACCAGGUAUUCCAGGUAUCUCUCAUAAUAUUCAAGUUAUAAGUAUUUUAGGUAGAUUCUUGGAACAUAGUAGAAUCUAUUAUUUCUGUAAUGGAGGAACACCAAAGGCAUUUAUUGCCAGUGCAGAUUGGCUCCAUAGAAAUCUAAAGAGAAGAGUUGAGACUUUGGUACCUGUCGAGGAUCCAAACAAUAUCAAGGAAUUGAGACAUGUGAUCGAUGUAUAUUGCAACGAUCCAAAUGCCUGGUUCAUGUUGCCCGAUGGUAGAUAUAAAAAGACAUCGUCCUCAGAUUUUGCAGCGCUUGGUGCUCAGAAUGUUUUCAUUAAAUCCACAUAUCAAAAACACCCUGUUAUUUGGAGUAAAUAA